CCACUAAUGAAAUGAAAUAUGCCUUCCUUCUAAGGUAUGCCAAAAUCAUUUGGCCACCUUUCAAAAAAAAUAUGUUCUAACUACUUCAGCGCUAAGCUCUCAUCCCAAUCCAUCAUCAUAAAAUCUGCUCUGACUUUUUGCGCAACGCCAUUGUUCUUCAUCUUGUGAUCAACUUCUAGAAGAAUCAAUCAAUCAACCAAUCAUGUCUCAGACCGUUGAGCUGAAGGUUGGCAUGUCAUGCCAAGGCUGUGUGGGAGCCGUGAAGAGGGUUCUUGGAAAGAUGGAAGGUGUGGAAUCGUUUGAUAUUGAUAUCGAGAAGCAAAAAGUGACUGUGGUAGGUAAGGUCCAGCCAGAAGCAGUUCUGCAGACUGUUUCGAAGACUGGGAAAGCAACUUCCUACUGGGCCCCACCAGCUGAGGCACCAGCUGCCGCCGCACCACCACCAGCGGCCGAAGCAGAAUCGAAACCUACCGAGACUGUUGCUGUUGCAUGAUAGACUUGUUUAGUCUCUGCAUGCAACUCUAAUCAAAUAGAUUUAAAUACAAUAUUGGAGCAAUUUGGUGUGUAGUAUUUGGGAAACUUGUCUUCGAAUGUAAUUCAUAAUAACUCGUUGCACCUGGUUCUGUUGUACCUUGUUACGAUCUUAUGUACUUUUUUUUCAUGUCUGCAAUGACAAAUGUAUGUCUUCUUGUUCAAGAAUUUCUAUAAUAGUAAUAUUAAUAUUCUGCCGUU